UGGCGGCCACCAUGAAGAAGGUGGCUGCAGAAGAUGUCAACGUUACUUUUGAAGAUCAACAAAAGAUAAACAAAUUUGCAUGGAAUACGAGUAGAAUCACAGAGCUGAAGGAAGAAAUAGAAGUAAAAAAGAAACAGCUCCAGAAUUUAGAAGAUGCUUGUGAUGACAUCAUGCUUGCAGAUGAAAACUGUUUAAUGAUACCUUAUCAAAUUGGUGAUGUUUUCAUUAGCCAUUCUCAAGAAGAAACACAAGAAAUGUUAGAAGAAGCAAAGAAAAAUUUGCAAGAAGAUAUUGAUGCCUUAGAAUCCAGAGUGGAAUCAAUUCAGAGGGUGUUAGCAGAUUUGAAAGUUCAGUUAUAUACAAAAUUUGGGAGCAAAAUGAACCUUGAAGCUGAUGAAAGCUAAACAUUUUAUAAUACUUUUUUCUAAUUUGUUAAUUUGUUUAAUAAACUUGAAUAUUGUUUAAAAUGAUAAUUUCCCUUCUUCAAAUGACAUGGAAAGGAAAACUUUCUUUUUUUUAAACUUUUCAUUUAUUUAAUGGAAACUUGCCUAUUUUCACAUGUCUUGCUUAUUUAUUUUAUAUUUUUAAAAGAAGACAGUAUACAUCUGUAUAUUUUGCAUAAUGAUUAUGUCAAGUCUAGGGGCUUUAUGUCAUGUUAUUAAAAUCAGUUGAGCAAUC